AUGCUGAUGGGAAAUCAAAGUGCAGACACAGAAUUUGUCUUCCUGGGCUUCUCCAGCUUCCCUGAGCCCCACUCGCUCUUCUUUCUCCUGUUCCUGACUAUGUACAUCACCACCGUACUUGGAAAUGGGCUUAUCCUGGCCACUGCAUGGCUGGAUUCUGGCCUCCACAUGCCCAUGUACUAUUUCAUCCGGCACCUGUCAUUCCUGGACAUCUGCUAUACAUCAGUCACGCUGCCCCACAUGCUUAGGAACCUGAUGGCAGAAACAAAGACUAUUUCCUUCCAUGGCUGUCUCAUCCAGAUUUACUUUCUAGUGGCAUUUGUUGGGAUCGAAUGCCUUCUACUGGCCGUGAUGGCAUAUGACCGAUACGUUGCCAUCUGCCAUCCACUUUCGUACUCCCUCUUCAUGAACAGGAAGGUCUGCACACAGCUGGUGGCAGCAUCCUGGGCCUGUGGCCUCCUCAACUCAAUAAUGCACACCACCAUGACUGCCCUACUGCCCUUCUGUGCCUCUCGCAGCCUUGACCAUUUGUUCUGCGAUGUCCCCCAGCUACUCAAGCUGGCUUGCAUGGAUACCUUCCCCAACCAGAUGACACUCUUGGUGGUAACUCUGCUGCUUGGUGUCAGUCCUUUCCUUUGCAUCCUAGUUUCCUAUGUCCAUAUUGUAGCGGCAAUCUUGAGGAUCCGCACCACCCAUGGCCGCCACAAAGCAUUCUCCACCUGUGCCUCACACCUCAUAGUAGUCACCUUGUUCUACACAACCUGCAUGUUCAACUAUAACAGGCCCAGCUCCAAACACCCUGUGUACAUAGAUACCCUGGCAUCGGUACUCUACAAUGCUGUGACUCCAAUGUUGAACCCCAUCAUAUAUUGCCUGAGGAACAAAGAGAUGAAGGAUGCCUUGAAACGUGUUCUCAACCCUAAGGUACCAUCCUCCCUUUAGCCCUGGAACUGGCCAUCACACACAAAAGGUCUCAAGCUUACAUCUCAGGAACAAUUUAUAGACACCUGAGGUC